AGAAUUUGCAGAUGAUAAGCAGCAGCAUCAAACUGUUUACAUAAUCAGAUAAUACUUCAAAAAUGCAGCACGAAAAAUGCUGAUGCAAUUUAUGGCAAACCCCAAAUCACUACUUCUUAAAAAACAUAUUCGUUUCACAUUAACAGAUUCUUCCUUUGACAAUAUAAAAAUGAAUCUCCAUUGUUGUUAGUCAAUCCUUCAAGUUAUCAGUUCAUAGCAAGGGGAUUUCGACAAAAUUAUUUCCGACUUUUAUUCCCAGGAUUUUGCGGAAUCCAAUUUGCUAGGGUUUUUCGUUUUUUGUUAAUCAGAUGGGUUUAAUGGAUUCUCAGGUUUUAGUUGCGCUUGCACUUUCACUCGUGGGCGGCUUGAGCACCUCUGUUGGGGCACUUUUUGUUGUCAUGAACAAGGCUCCAGACCUGAAGAUGCUUGGGCUUUUACAGGGUUUUGCUGCAGGGCUUAUGUUGAGCAUAUCGUUCUUUGACUUGGCUCAUAAUGCCAUAAAUUCCAUCGGCUUCUUGAAGGGGAAUCUCUGGUUCUUUGCAGGCGUAAUUUUCUUUGCAAUUAUUGCUAAUUUUAUUCCUGAGCCAACGCUUGCACCCGUUUCCGAUGGGAAGAAAGACAAGAAAAACGGGGAUGAAGGGGGAAAGGAUAUCAUGAAAAAGCAUCGUCGUCAAGUAUUGUUCAGUGGAAUCAUCACUGCUGUAGGUAUAAGUUUGCACAAUUUUCCAGAGGGAAUGGCAGUGUUCCUUGGAUCGAUGAAGGGUCUUCGUGUUGGUCUGAACUUGGCACUAGCUAUCGCUUUGCAUAACAUCCCUGAGGGUGUUGCUGUUGCACUUCCUGUUUAUUUUGCCACACAAAGCAAAUGGCAGGCAUUCAAGCUGGCCACCCUUUCUGGUUUUGCUGAGCCCCUUGGCGUAAUUAUCGUAGCUUACCUAUUCCCCAGCAGCUUAAAUCCUGAAAUUCUCGAGGGGCUUUUAGGAGCAGUUGGUGGAGUAAUGGCUUUUCUAACAUUGCAUGAAAUGCUACCUCUGGCAUUCGAUUAUGCGGGACAAAAGCAAGCUGUAAAGGCUGUAUUCUUCGGCAUGGCUUUCAUGUCUGCCAGCUUAUAUUUUCUUGAGAUCAGUUUGCCAGCAGAAAUCAGCUUGUAAAAACAUUUAACAUUUACACAUUGCUUUUCUGGUUGGUCCCUACAUUUUUUUACUGUUAAUCUGUUAUCAACUAUGUAUUUGUAUUACAAUUUCAGCUGGGAAAUAUAAGGCCAAAAAAAGAGUAAUUAAAAA